UUGCUUGUUACUAUGUUCGAAUAUGACCUCGGUAAAUGUGACGGACGUCAGUCAACUAGCUUCAUCAUCGAUUCUUCUAACUUGAAUCCUGAUUCGCCUACGUUCGCCAAGCCAGACAUACGGAGUUAAGCAAGUCUGAACAACUUUAAUGACCUAACCCCUAUUAUCUCCUAAAGUCUAAGUAGACUUCACAUACUCAUCCCUAAGUCUAUUACUAAUUAGAAUUUGAAGAUUAUCGUCCAGUCAAAUCUUGAUUGGUUCUUACGCCUAUUUACUAGGUAGGUAUGUAGUAGUAGGGUGGGAAAUGUGAAUCUGCCCAGGGUUCUCUAGGAUCCAGUGUUCAUUUGUCAUCAUACUUCUCUAGUGUAUUCCUUUGACAUUUAUAAAGGGGCAACACAUAGCCCACCCAAAGCCGUCGUAAACGAAGUGCAAAAUCUACCUACCUACCUACCUACCUACCUACCUACCUAAUAGCGAGAUUAAAUCAUCCCACAUUCCCCAAAAUGCCUAUCCCCCCAUCCAUCCUCAUCCUCGGCGCCGGCGAGCUCGGGACAUCCGUCCUCGAAGCCCUCUCCCGGCAUCCCAAACACAGCUCCACCAAACUCUCCAUCCUCCUCAGAAAAUCCACGAUCGAAACCCAGGACCCCAGUAAAAGGAAGCAGAACACGUACCUGCGAUCCCUAAACGCCUCCCUCGAGCCCGGCGACCUGGCCAGCGACUCCAUCGCCGAACUCGCGGCCGUGUUUAAACGCUUCCACACCGUCGUCUCCUGCUCCGGUUUCGGCCUUCCCCCCGGAACGCAGACGAAAAUCACACGUGCGGCGCUCGCGGCCGGGGUGGCGAGGUAUGUUCCCUGGCAAUGGGGCAUCGACUACGACGUCGUGGGCCAGGGCAGCGCGCAGGAUCUGUUCGACGAGCAGCUAAGCGUUCGGGCUUUGCUUCGAGCGCAGGAUGCGGUGGGGUGGAGUAUUGUGUCGACGGGACUUUUUAUGAGUUUUCUGUUCAAACCGGAAUUUGGGGUUGUGGAUUUGGAGGGGAGGAAGGUGAGGGCGUUGGGGGGUUGGGAGGGGAGGUUGUCGGUUACGACGGCGGGGGAUAUUGGGAGGGUUGCGGCGGAGAUGUUGUUGGAUCCGCGGGAGGGAGAGGAGGGUGUUGUUUAUGUGGCCGGGGAUACGGUGUCGUAUAGUCGGAUUAAAGAGCUGGUGAAGGAGAGGUUUGGAGGGGAGUGGGUGGAGGAGGUAUGGGAUGAGGAGUUUUUGAAAGGGGAGCUGCGGAAGAGGCCGGAUGAUGGGAUGCUUAAGUACACGAACGUGUGGGCGGUGGGGAAGGGCGUCGCGUGGGAUAUGGGUAGUACGGUUAAUAGGAGGCGCGGAAUCGAGUUGCAGAACUUGGAGAGCUACUUAAGGGAUAUGCCGGAUCUGUAGAUAAGUUGCUAUAGGGAUUGGUACCUACAAUUUAGUAAAGAGAAUUCUUAUAAAGAGAGCGGCUACUAUAGUUUCUUCCAAUGAAGGCUUUCGAU